AUGUCCAUCAACACCGCGAAAGUGAACAACACGACCCAGAGCUUCGUCACCGCGCUCGUCACGAAUGCGGCCAUCCUCGGCGUCGAGGUCGGCGCGUUCACUGUGCUGAAGCAGAGGCUCGGGAGGAUAUAUACCCCGAGGACGUAUUUGCCGCCGCCAGAUAAACGAUCGAAAGAGCUCCCCCCUGGCCUUUGGAGGUGGAUACCAGCGACACUAAGAUCACCGGCAGAAGAUAUCAUUCACAAGAAUGGGCUGGAUGCCUACCUGUUCCUCCGCUUCCUCAAGCUCCUCAUCGUACUCUUCGGCGUGUUCUGGGUGUCAACAUGGAUCGUGCUUCUCCCCAUAGAAGCUGCGGGAGUGGCCUCGGAGAGCCGGACAGGGCUAGACAAGUACCAGUGGGGAAACGAUGUAUCACAGCCGGAACGCUACGCGGCGCAUAUAAUCAUGGUCUACCUACUAACAUGUUUCGUCCUCUACAUGAUCCGCCGAGAGAUGUUCCACUUCGUCCACAUGCGGCACCAGUUCCUCAUAUCCAAGUCGCACUCCCGCCUUGCACAAGCGCGUACCGUAUUAAUCACCAAUGUACCAGACGAGCUAGCCAACGACCAUGAUCUAAGGCAGUUCUGCUCAUUCGUACCAGGCGGUAUCGAGCGAAUAUGGAUCUACCGCGACUCCAGGGACUUGAACAAGAACUUCGAAGCCCGCCAGAAAGCCUGCAAGAAGCUCGAGGCAGCAUCGUCCAAACUUCUGCGUGCUGCCACGAAAGAGUGGGUGCGCAGACAGAAAGCGCAGCACAAGUUCGCGAAGAAGGUGCGCAAACCAAGGGACGUCGAGAAGGCCGAGAAGGAGGCUGCGGAGGAGGGGUUCGACGUGAACGCGCUGAUCCCGCCGAGCCCGAGCAGAGAAUUUAUGGACGAUUUGGUGCCAGAGGAGAAGAGGCCAAAGCAUCGCUUGGGCACACUUGGGGUAGUGGGUAUUGGGAAGAAGGUGGAUACGAUUGAGUGGUGUAAGGUCGAGAUUGCGAAGCUGAAUGCGGCAAUUGAAGAGGGAAGGCAGCAGCUUGGCGAACGAAAGCCGCUGGGGAGUGCCUUCGUCGAGUGCAACCUCCAGAUUGGCGCCCACGUACUCGCGCAAUGCGUCAGUUAUCACGAACCGUUAUUCAUGGGGGACAAGUAUAUCGAAGUUUCGCCGAAGGAUAUGAUCUGGUCGAACCUGGAUGACGGAGCGUACGAGAUGCGUGCGCGGUAUAUUAUGUCGCUGGCUGCCACCAUUGGCCUUAUAAUUGCAUGGGCUGCACCGGUUGCAUUCAUUGGGAGUAUUAGUAACGUCUCCGGGCUUUGUGCCAGACUGCCGUGGGUGAGAUGGGUGUGUUCAGCACCAACCCCGAUCCCUGGUAUUAUAUCAGGCGUGUUGCCGCCUGUGUUACUCGCGCUCUUGAUGAUCAUACUCCCCCAAAUCCUGCGAGCGCUGGCAUGGUUUGAAUGCAUACCGCGGUACUCUUUCCUGCAAGUUAGCGUGUAUAAGCGCUACUAUGCAUUCCUGGUGGUGCACGGGUUCUUGAUCGUCACCCUCAGCUCUGCCAUUACAUCCACUAUUUCCGAUAUAAUCACACAACCCACCAAUGCCGUGGAGAACCUUGCCAGUCGACUCCCGGACGCUUCGAUAUUCUUCCUAACAUACAUGAUUACACAAGGCUUGACAGGAGCUGCCAGCGCGCUCAUCCAACUAGGCCCUUUGAUUUUCCAUUUCAUUAGAAAAUGGUUCUUGGGGAGAACACCGAGGCAGGCGUAUGGAGUGACAUUCUUGAUGCCAGCUGCGAAUUUUGGAACUGUUCUGCCUCGGAUAUCCCUCCUGGCAACCAUUGGCCUUGCGUAUUCGGUCCUUUCGCCGAUUAUCAAUGGUCUUGCGACAGUUGCAUUUUUCUUGCUCUUCCUUGCGUGGAAGUUCCUGCUAACCCAAGUAUUUGACCAACCGGACGAGUCUGAGACAGGCGGACAAUACUUCUACUUGGCGCUAUCAAAUAUAUUCAUUGGGUUGUAUAUUGAGCAGAUAGCGCUAGCCUGCUUGUUCUUCCUCAACACCCCGAAUGCUCCUAAGACGUCCCUUGCCGGUGGUAUCCUCAUGAUUGUCCUGUUUGUCGUGACAGCGCUGUACCAGGUAUUGAUUCAUAGGAGCUUCCAUCCAAUUUCCGAAUAUCUGCCUAUGUCGUUGGCUACCAAACAGAUGGCUGAGAGAUACAAGCACCAGCUCGGGAAGAAGGAAGACAUCUUACCUGAUGAAGAAUUCGACUUAUUUGAUCGCGAUCGCCUGAAGAGCGUUCUGCGACGGCGCAUGAAGAUCAAACCUCCUACGAUUCUUGGGAGUCGUGACAAUCGAGAUGCUAGUCCCAAGCGCGACGAGGAGGCAAAGCCAAGACCGAGCGGGUCCAAAGAGCGCACAAGCGACGUGCUUAGUCGCUCAAAGACGGGCGACUCACUGCACUCCGAGACCACUGCAACAUCCGCUAAUUCCAGUAGUCUGGAAGCUCCGACCAAAUCCCACGGCUUGGACAUCGCCCCUCCGGAACCCGCGCCCAAUAGCAAUGGUAACGCCGAAGAUGAAGAAGAGUACCUAGACGAGCAUGCGUUCGACCACCCUUCCACUUACGCCGAGCAGCCAUGGAUAUGGAUACCUAAGGAUACCCUGGGCUUAAGCGGAGUCUUACUACAAGAAUUCAAGGAGGCUGGGGUGGAGACGAGUGAUAAUGGGUCUACGAUGGAUGAACGAGGGACGGUAGAAGUUUCGAGGAAUCCACCGGACGAGGAGUGGUCGGGUGGACAUGACAAAUGAUGACUUUCUUGCAGUAUGUUUCGGGCAUGAUUUCGAACGGAACUGACGGAUACCCCUGCUAUUAGUAUUAUUUCUUGGCUAAUAUGAUGUACGGUGUGCUGCUCUCAAUCAUGUUCAUACACGCUAGCGCAAUUGCUAACCAUUGUAAGACUUCUUCC